AUAGCAUCGAUAAAGGCCACCGUGGCAAAUUUCGUUUCUUAAACGGAACGUUCUUCCGGAAGCGAGUUUGAUUAAUUAAUUAAAUUAACUAAGCCAAAACGUACUUGGAUAGUAAUCACGCAGCCGUGUACUUUUCGCCGGCGGUGUUUAAUCGACGAAUUUAUUAAGAACGGGAGGAAUCGAAACGAGACGAAGGACGUCGGAGUCGGAGAUAACGAAAGAAAAAACAAUAAAUAAAAAGAAAGAGUUAACGAGAGGUGGCGCCCGCGUAGGAAAAUGGCAACGGCCGUUUGCAGGCACGUGUUCGUCAAGUGCCAGCGAUUUCGCCUUCCGUAUCGACCCAGUUUUUCUGGCUGGCGAAACUGGUAUUUGGGAAACGGUAAACGAUCCGUUCACGUCUCCGCCGCUUCCUUUUCCGCUCGAAAAUAUACAGAGAAACACGAAUGGGUGUCAGUCGAUGGAAAAAUCGGUACCAUUGGCAUUUCAAAUUAUGCUCAAGAGGCAUUAGGAGAUGUUGUCUUUGUUCAACUUCCAGAAGUUGGAGAUGAUCUUAAUCAAGAUGAUGAAUGUGGUGUUAUAGAAAGUGUCAAGGCUGCUAGUGAAAUAUAUUCUCCUGUGUCUGGAAAAGUUACAGAAAUUAAUAAGAAUUUAGAAGAUUCUCCUGGAUUAAUAAAUAAAUCUUGUUAUGAUGAAGGAUGGUUGUUUAAAUUGCAGCUGACAAAAGUGGAAGAAAUCAAUUCUUUAAUGGACGAAGAAAGUUAUAAAAAAUUCUUGCAGACCAUUGAAGUUUAAAAACAGAGCUCAAUACCUUUGGCGGAGAACAUCUGAACUGUUUAACAUUAUGUUGGUCAGGUGUUCUCUUGUGCAUAUAUAUUGUUUAUCUUUGUAACAAAAGUAAUUUUUAAAGUAAUGUUAGCCUUUACAAACUGUAGCAAUCAUUCCAUUCAUACCAUUUACAAUAAAGUUUUGUAAAUAAUUAGGUAACUUGUAAAUUUGAAAAAAAUUAAAAAAUUUAAUACAAAA